AUGGAGCGUAAUUUCUUCAGAAAUCUGCCAUCAGAAAUCACCACCAACAUCCUCUCGCGGCUCCCUAUCAGAAGCAUUGCGUUAAGCAAGUGCGUUUGCAAAUCAUGGCUCAAUCUGCUCGAUUCCGACGAUUUCGAAUACAAAACCCCACCCGCCCUAGCUCUCUUGCAGCAGAUGAACUCAAUUCGGUCCUCAAUUUUCGAUAUUGAAGACGAAGACGAAGACGAAGCCGAUGAGGAGAAGAGCCAUGAUCUUCACUACAUUCCGCUCACAGAUUUCGAUAUCCCUCACGAAAACUCAGAACAACUGGCGGCUAUGGCUGCAAAUGGAUUGCUUCUUCUGCACUCAAAGUUAGGGUUUUCUCAAAUUCCUCUUUUUAUAUGCAAUCCGAUCACUCGUCAGUAUAUAGAGCUAUGGGGCCCUGAGGAUUACAUCUUAGAUGAUGAUGCUGUUGUUGUUGAUGAUGAUGAUGAACAUGGAGGCGCGUUGCAGCCGGCGCUGCUUCAGGUCUCGGAUUCUAUACAGCUGCACACAUUCAACUUCGCUGCUCCUCCUCCUCCGCCUCCUGUAAAUGGACGUAGCCGUCUAACCGGGGAGUUGUCUACUUUGAGGGAUUGUCUCUGUUAUUCAUACACAUGGGAAGAUGAAAUUGUCGUUUGGUCGAUGAAGGAAUACCAUGUCGAGGAAUCUUGGACUAUACUGUACAAGAUGAGUAGUAACGGUUUUGAUUUUGAUCGGGCUUCUGUUUUUGGUUGGAAUUAUAUGUGCGUUAAACCAAUUAAACUUUUUAAAGAUGGUGACGUUUUGAUGCUGCUGGCCAAAAAGCGGCUCAUCUACUACUCCAACAAGACACGAACUAUUCAACAAGUCGGUAUGUUUGAGGAUGCAGCUGCGAAGGAUUACGUUAGUGCCCUGAUUUUCACUCCUAGCCUUUUCUCAUUCAAGAAUUUCGGAUUCAAGAAUGUGAUCUCGUUUUAG